AAGAGACUCUGAAUCUUGUCUGUGUCCGUGCAGGGAGCAGAAUAGUGCAGAGGGAAAUCCUAUGAGAUCUGUACCAGGAGGGCCACUAUGGAGAGCUCUGACAGUUCCUGUCGGGACUGGUGCAGCGGUAGGCAAUACAGGUUUGAACUUGGACCCACGGAUUUGACAGAGCGCAAAGGCUCCCUAACCCUCCGCUCCCAUCACAAGAAAUACUCGAAGCCAGUGUUGGUGUAUUCCUGGAACCAUGACAGAGAAGCUUAUCCCAAAGACUAUGAUAUAGAGGGUCCUGAAGAAGUAAAAAAACUGUGUAAUUCAACAUAUUGUCGACUUGGAACCCAUGAACCCACAGUUUGGAAAUCAGAAACACACGAAAAAAUGGCACAAGUUUAUUUAAACACAGAAUUUACUGAAAUAAAGAGCAAGGCUUUACUGAACGAGGAAACAAUAAGCUCUGGGAUUAUCGAAAGGGACACUGGAUUGCCUGCGACAGGUUUUGGAGCUCUCUUUACUAAACACCCACCGGAUUGGCGCAAAAUGUAUACAUUGACAACAUAUGCAGAAGAAUAUGCUCCACCAUAUCAAUAUCAACCAUUUGAUUAUCCUUGUCAAGAUGAUGAUUAUUCAGUAGUCCACAGAAAAUGUCGUUCUCAGUUCACAGACCUGAAUGGUUCCAAAAGAUUUGGCAUCAACACUUGGCAUGAUGAGAGUGGGAUUUAUGCCAAUUCAUAUCUAAAACGAAAACUCUACUCAUUAACCACUAGUCCUAUUGCCCCUUUUUAAAAUAACGUAUGGAAUCACAUUCUCUAACUAACGAAGGGUAAUGGAUGUAAUAGUUGAUGAUUUUAUGUCCUAAUAAAAGCAACGGAAAUAUUA